AUGGACGAGUUUACCAAUAUCCCACCAAUUAAUUCCUCCUCCUCAACCCCCGUGUCUCACAAUUCACAACAUCCUCCCCAGAAGAAGCUCCAGUACAUCCUCCAGUCCCAGCCCGACUGCUGGGCCUACGCCAUCCUCUGGCAGUCCUCCAAAGACGACUCCGGCCGCAUCUCCCUCAGCUGGGCCGACGGCCACUUCCAGGGCACCAAGUCUCACUCCGGAUCCCCCCUCCAGCCCGAGCGCCGCAAGGUCAUGCGCGGCAUCCACGCCCUCAUCGGCCCCGAUACCCCCACCCCACCAGCUUCCGACGUCACCGACGCCGAGUGGUUCUACGUGAUGUCCCUCGCCCAAUCCAUCCCCCCUGGAGAAGGCAUAGUCGGUCGGGCUUUCGGGUCCGGCUCCCUCAUCUGGCUAACCGGGCCCAACCAGCUCCGUCUCUACAACUGCCACCGGGCCCGCGAGGCCCAGGCCCACGGCAUGCACACCAUGGUCUGCAUCCCCACUCCCAGCGGCGCCGGCGUCCUGGAGCUCGGCUCCGACUCCGCCGUCCCCGAGAACUGGGCCCUCGUCCACCUCGUCCGGACGGCCUUCGACGGAGACGGCGAGAAAUUAAUUUCCUUCGCGAACAAGUACUCCCUGUCGUCCGAGCAGUCGCAGUCGGAUUCGGAGCAGUGCCAGUUCCUCGUCGACGAGAACAGAGCGCGGAAGAAGAGGGGUCGGAAGCCCGGGGUAGUGGGGAGGGAAGGCCCGCUGAACCACGUGGAGGCGGAGAGGCAGAGGAGGGAGAAGCUGAACCACCGAUUCUACGCGCUGCGGUCGGUGGUCCCCAACGUGUCGAGGAUGGACAAGGCGUCCCUCCUCUCGGACGCCGUCUCGUAUAUAAACGAGCUGCGGACGAGGGUGGACGACCUCGAGUCGCGUCUCCACGGGCGGACGAUCAAGGCCGAGGCCGCCGACGGGCAGAGCACUUGCACGGCGUCGUCGGUGGGGCAGAGGGUCGAGGUCGAGGUCAAGAUUGUGGGGCCAGACGGGAUGAUAAGGGUGCAGUCGGGGAACGAGGACCACCCGGCGGCUCGGCUCAUGGGGGCAGUGAGAGACUUGGAGCUGACGGUGCACCACGCCAGCAUGUCAUGUGUCAACGGGCUCAUGAUGCAGGACGUUGUGGUCCGCCUGCCACAAGGGCUCAGGGGAGAGGCCGCACUCAGGGAAGCUCUGCUUAGGAGGUUGGAGUAUUGA